GUUGCCAUGUCUAGGUUUUUCCAGCAUUAUCAUAACGCUGUUUAAAUCCCCGGACUCGACUGAUGAGCAGCUGCACGUCUCAGACACGCCGUUUAACUGAUACACGAUCAUAUUUUUUUCUGAUUUUUGUUCGUUCUAUAUAUAUUUUUUGCUAUAAAUUGCUAAUGCACCGGGAAUUCCCGGGUCGGGUUUGGAACCGGGGGCGCUGACGAACCCAUGAAACAAAAGGCGAAACGGAAACCGGAGAUGAGCUCCUCAGCAUUCCGCUUCUGCAUUCCGCUCCUGUCCUCCUUAUCAUGAACCACCCGACACCUCUCGCGCGCGCACGCAUGGGCUCUUCACGUGCACUGAAGAAUCUAUACAUAUAUAUUUAUAUUUAUAUUUUUUGUUGAAAUUUAUUUAGUUAUAAUUUUGGGGGGGUUUUGACGGUACGCGUGAACGGAACGGCUUUGCAUGCGGAUACGCGCGUCCUAAACCAGCGCACGCGCACGUUCAGAUAUGUAAAGAAAAGAAGGAAAGGGAAAGAAAGAAAAGAUUGAAAGCCACAAGCACGUCGUUUUUUCCGCCCCUUUUCCGGCGCUCGCGCGCGCUCUUUCUCCGAGCUCGCGCCUCUUGCCGUGCGCGAGCGCGGAGGUGGAGGAUAAACGGCGCGCGCACUCAAGGAGGGCCAGUUAACGGGAGGCUCGUGCGCUGUACAAUAUAACGGAAAAAUAUCCACCCUGUACCUGCAGGUAUCUGCUUGUCUGUGUAACUUUGAGACCACAACGUGGACCACGAGGACCAUAAUUCAUCAGGUUGAUCGAGUUUUUGAUCCAUUUGCUUGUUGCAGGACUGACAGAAAAUGCCAUCAGGACAGUUCUCGAAGCUUGUCUUAUCCAUUGUUUCUGAUGUCUCAUGGAGCCACUGAAUAUGGCUGGACUUGGAGGACUUGUAACUAGAUUAACACUAGAGACCCUCUGAAUGAGGUUAUAGUCAGUCCCCCUGUCUCUGUCCGAUUGAAUGUUUUCUUUGAAAUGCUGUGAGGUCAAAGGAAAAAGGGGAGGUUUCUUUGUGCUGAAUAAGUGGACACUGCCUUUAGAGACAGUGGAGGACAUUAAGAGGGUUUGUUGGCCCUCUUUGGGUCACAUCCCAAUUUCCUCCUCACUUCUCUCAGGCCUUUUUGGCCUUUCUUUCUUCAUCUCUCUGUUCACCCAGCAUCCACCAUUCGCCCCUCACUGGCCACAGCUGUCCUCCCUCCCCGUUCCCGCCCUCACCAACACAUCCCUGCUCCUCACCUUACCCCGAGUCAUCCCACCCCCCACCCCUCCAUGGCCACCAGCACAGCACGAGAGCACCUCCUGGUGGUGCGGAGGCGCAGCCCGCACAUGCGAUACACACUUGGCCCGGAGAACCUGCGCAGUAGUGGCAGUGGCGGAACAUCUAGAGGUGGCGGCGCAGGAGAGGCAGUGGGUCUACAACGGGCCAACAGCGAUACAGACCUGGUCACAUCAGACAGCCGCUCCUCCCUUACUGCCUCCACCUAUCAGUUCACCCUGGGAAGAGGACAGAACCUCGUCAUCUCCUGGGACAUCAAGGAGGAGGUGGAUGCCACAGAUUGGAUCGGCCUUUACCACAUUGAUGAGACGUGUCUGGCUAAUGUGUGGGACUCGAAGAACCGUGGCAUCAAUGGCACGCAGAAGGGACAGAUCGUCUGGAGGCUAGAGCCUGGACCUUAUUUUUUGGAGCCUGAAACAAAAAUCUGCUUCAAAUAUUACCAUGGAGUGAGUGGAUCAUUGAGAGCGACGACGCCCUGCAUCACUGUAAAGAACCCUGGUGUGCUGGUUGGAUCAGAAGGACAAGACGGCCAGUCUGUGACUGAGCAUUGCCGGAAACUCGUCAGCUUCACGUUAUCAGAUAUCAGAGCUCAGGGCCUAAAGAAAGGCAUGUUCUUCAAUCCCGACCCGUAUCUGAAAAUGAGCAUCCAGCCUGGAAAGCGCAACGGCUUCCCCGCCUUCACACACCAUGGCCAAGAAAGACGAGCCUCCAUCAUCUCCAACACCACCAACCCUGUGUGGCACGGAGAGAAAUACACCUUCGUGGCACUCAUGACCGAUGUUUUAGUGAUUGAGGUGAAGGACAAAUUUGCUAAAAGUCGGCCAAUCAUCAAGCGCUUUUUGGGUCAGCUGACCAUACCUGUGCAGAGGCUUCUUGAGAGACAUGCAGCGGGGGAUCAGCCUGUAAGCUAUACCCUGAGCCGCCGUUUGCCCACAGACCAUGUAAGUGGUCAGCUUCAGUUCAGCGUGGAGAUCACAUCAACUGGACAUGAGGAUGUUAUGGGUUCACUCCUGGGGGCCUCGUCUGUGAAUGGAGACCCGGGCAGCCCCUCUGAUGAUGAGGACAUGGUCCCUCCAUCCUCUCACAUCCCCAGGGCUGCGUCUCCAACCGGCUCCGAGGGAUCCCUUCACAACGAGACCUUCAGGACUGACGAAGGUCUAUCGGAAGCUGACGAAGAGCGCAAUCCUAGGGAUAGAAUUAUCGAUGUGGGACACAGCCACAGACAGGCCUCACUCAACGACUACCUGGACACCAUCGAGGCUCCGAAUGGCCCUGGAGAUCGGCCUUUAGGUGCGGCAUCGCCCAAACUGCGCUCCAGCUUUCCCACUGACACUCGGCUCAACGCCAUGCUGCACAUUGACUCAGAUGAAGACGAGGAAGCACACAUGUCUCAGGGGAUGGCGAAUGGAGUAGCGUCAGAACGGGAGCAGAGGGAGGGCUUGAAAACAGAAGGAGAGCAAAGUUCGACCGGUAGUGAUGAAUCUGCGGCUUCACAGUCAGCUAACAGUGCAAAGGGCCAAAAUGGUGAAGCGGAUGGGAGCCAAGAAGGGACGGCUUGUCCACUAGCCCAGUCCCAGUCCCUGAAUCCAGCAGCUCACAUGAGAGAUAAAGACACAGCCAAGGAGGCAGCAAACGAGGAGGUCUUUGAGAGCGAAGCCACUGUUCCUGAAGAGUCUGCAGCUGGCUCUGGUUUAGCUAGCACAGAAGGUGGAGCUUGUGCAGGCAGCCAAUCGGCGCCUGGCGCCCCUCAGGAAGAGCCUAACGAAGCCAAUGGGCAGGAGGAGGGUGAAGAUGUGUGGAGGAGGAGGCAAAGCUUGCUAGCAUCAGGAGGGGGGGUUCCGGCAGAAGGGGCAGAGUCAUCAACAAGGAGGAGAACUGAUUCGGCAGAAACAGACGGGGAGUCAGGAGCCAGUGCACAGGUGAACGGUCAUCAGUCCGUGCGCUCCCUUCCGUCCGUACGGCAUGACAUCAGCCGCUACCAGAGAGUGGACGAACCCCUACCGCCAAAUUGGGAGGCCCGCAUCGACAGUCACGGGAGGAUAUUUUACGUGGAUCACGUGAACAGAACCACCACCUGGCAGCGACCCACAGCUCCACCCGCUCCUCAGGUCCUGCAGAGAUCCAAUUCCAUCCAGCAGAUGGAGCAGCUGAACCGCCGGUAUCAGAGCAUCCGGAGAACGAUAACGAACGAACGCACGGUCGAGCAGGUGGCAGAAAUACCAUCGGAUGACGCAGACCUGCAGCACACUAUUCCUGAGUAUCGCCGAGACGUAGCGGUGGGAGCUGCUAACUAUUGCUCACGUCUCUCGUUGCUGCUUCAGUCGCCCAGCGCUAAAUUUCUCACCAGCCCCGAUUUCUUCAGUGUGCUCCACUCCAACCCUAGUGCCUACCGCAUGUUCACGAGUAACACGUGUCUGAAGCACAUGAUCAGCAAGGUGCGCCGCGACGCGCACCACUUCGAACGUUACCAGCACAACCGCGACCUGGUGAACUUCCUCAACGUGUUCGCAAACAAGCAGCUGGAGCUGCCGCGCGGCUGGGAAAUGAAACACGACCACACCGGCAAGCCGUUUUUUGUCGACCACAACUGCCGCGCCACCACCUUCAUAGACCCCCGGUUGCCUCUGCAAAGUGCUAGGCCAAGUGGCCUGCUCGCGCACCGACAGCACCUUAGCCGCCAGCGCAGUCACAGUGCUGGAGAGGUGGGCGAUGAUCCGCGUCACGCCGGCCACACCGUCGUCCCCCGGCCCUCGAACACCUUCGGCGCCGCAGGUCGCAAUCAUUGCCAGGAUCUCGUACCUGUUGCCUACAACGAUAAGAUUGUGGCCUUUUUAAGACAGCCAAACAUCUUUGAGAUCCUGCAGGAGAGACAGCCUGAGUUCAACAGGAACCAGUCACUCAGGGAAAAGGUGCAGUUUAUCCGAAAUGAGGGCACCGCUGGAUUGGUACGUCUUUCCAGCGAUGCAGAUUUGGUCAUUAUGCUCAGCCUAUUUGAAGAGGAGGUCAUGUCGUAUGUACCCCCUCAUGCCUUACUGCAUCCCAGCUACUGUCAGUCUCCACGGGGUUCUCCGGUUUCUUCCCCACAGAACUCGCCUGGCAUACAGCGAGCUAACGCCCGUGCUCCUGCGCCGUACAAGCGAGACUUUGAGGCCAAACUCCGCAAUUUUUACCGCAAGCUCGAGACCAAGGGCUACGGCCAGGGCCCGGGGAAAGUCAAAUUGAUAAUGCGCAGAGACCACUUGCUGGAAGAUGCAUUUAACCAGAUCAUGUGCUACUCCAGGAAGGACUUGCAGCGUAGUAAACUCUAUGUCAGCUUCGUCGGAGAGGAGGGGUUGGACUACAGCGGCCCUUCUAGAGAGUUCUUUUUCCUGGUGUCACGUGAGCUUUUUAACCCCUACUAUGGCCUGUUCGAGUACUCGGCCAACGACACCUACACGGUCCAGAUCAGCCCCAUGUCUGCCUUCGUUGACAAUCAUCAUGAAUGGUUUCGCUUCAGUGGACGUAUCCUCGGCUUGGCUCUUAUCCAUCAGUACCUACUUGACGCCUUUUUCACACGACCUUUCUACAAGGGUCUGCUGCGCAUUCCAUGCGAUCUGAGCGAUUUAGAGUACCUGGACGAGGAAUUCCAUCAGAGCUUGCAGUGGAUGAAGGACAAUGACAUCGAGGACAUGCUAGACCUCACUUUCACCGUUAACGAGGAAGUGUUUGGACAGAUCACCGAGCGAGAGCUAAAGCCUGGCGGCGCAAACAUCCCUGUUUCGGAGAAGAACAAGAAGGAGUACAUCGAGCGCAUGGUGAAGUGGAGGAUAGAGAGAGGAGUAGUCCAGCAGACCGAGAGCUUGGUCCGAGGCUUCUACGAGGUGGUUGAUGCUCGGCUCGUGUCCGUGUUCGACGCCCGGGAGCUGGAGCUGGUGAUCGCUGGUACAGCAGAGAUCGAUCUGAGCGACUGGAGGAACAACACUGAAUAUCGUGGAGGUUACCAUGACAACCACAUUGUAGUCCGCUGGUUCUGGGCAGCGGUGGAGAGAUUUAAUAAUGAACAGAGGUUGAGGUUGCUUCAGUUUGUAACAGGGACCUCCAGUAUUCCCUAUGAAGGUUUCGCCUCACUCAGGGGUAGCAACGGCCCCCGCCGCUUCUGCGUGGAAAAGUGGGGCAAGAUCACAUCAUUACCCAGGGCUCACACGUGUUUCAAUCGCCUCGACUUGCCGCCGUACCCCUCAUUCUCCAUGCUGUAUGAGAAGAUGCUGACCGCAGUCGAGGAGACCAGCACCUUUGGUUUGGAGUGAACAUGAUUGUAGUGUAAAGUGUAGAUAAUCCUCCUUGCUGGUUGGGAGAAAGAGCAGGGCAAGACACCCGAGAUUAAAGGAACAAGAUCAAGGGAAAGAUGGAGGUGUGGUGUUGAGCUGUAGCUCAUUCAGAAGGUCGGUUCCAAUCUUUAAACUGCCAUGCUCGGGUUGUUGGACCCUUUUGUUUGUCACAUAUAGAAUGUUGGUAAACCUCUGGCGCUCUUCUGGACGUCUGGACCAAAGAGGCUCGGAAAUCCAUCAUAGGCGACAUUUUCAUGGAGAAUGUAACGAGAUGGAAGCGAGUCUUUCUGCUUUUUAUAAUCAACCACAACGAUGACACUUAUCCAUAUAUCAGCGCUUUCCUACAUCAUCCCAUAUUCACACACACAAUGAAAAUAAAUGUCUGAAAUGUAUCGACUUUAACAUAUUUCUACAUUGUGUAUUAUGUUUAUACUUGUACUGUAUGACGCCUCUUUUACACGUCUCAAGCAGGCAGACGUCUAUGAUGCAGACCGCGGUAGAUAAUCCCAUCCAGAAAGGCUAAUCUAUAAAAUAAUCUAAGCUGAGACAUGAACACUUCCUCAAGAAGAUUUUCUCAAGUUUUCCACUGCAGAGGACAUGAAAUUCCUACUGGAAAUUCGAAGGCGGGGAAAUCGAAUUAUUUAAAAAAAUUUUUGUUCCAAAACCCGCUUUAGAUGGGACCUACAGGUGGGUUCGACUCGUGCUCGCAUUUCCUCGGAUUCUUUUCAACACUGCCAUAAUCUGUGCACACCGUACAUUCAUGAUUGUGUUUUUUUAUCUGUAAAAAUAUACUGGAAAUCAUAAUCAUCAUCACAGAAUCAAUCCAGGUGUUUUCUCAUUCUAUUAUUUAUGCUAAUCCAAUUGCACUGAAUGUACCAAAGGUUCAGAGAUUUGGCGUGGGCCGUCCUGAAAUUCCUUUCCCCUCUUUCCUUACUUCACUUCUCGACUUUUUCAUAGUGCUUCUGUCUGUUUUUUUGAACUCAUCUGAAAGUAAAAAGGAAAUGUUGACUACA